AUGAGUGCCCACCUGGCCUACCUGCCCUACAGCGGCGCGGUCAGGUGUGGGGACUAUUGCUGGCUCUCCCCAGGGAGUAUGGACAGCGUGCCUGCCGAGGAGGCUCCGGCGGCGGACUCACUCCCCUUCUCCGCGGCGGCCAAGACGCCCAGCCACCCAGAUGUCUCUCCGGCUUCCUCCAGCUCUGGGAUACUCAUCCAGUACGUCCCUGACUCUGCCACUAGCCCCACCGCAGACCGCCCAUCUCCCCAUCCCUCUUUCCAGAAGGUCAAGGAGGAAGGUGAGGGUGUGGUGAAGAAGGCCAAGAGCCGCACAGCCUUCUCCCAGCAGCAGCUGCAAACCCUACACCAGCGGUUCCAGAGCCAGAAGUACCUCAGCCCCCAGCAGAUCCGGGAGCUGGCUGCUGCCCUGGGGCUCACCUACAAGCAGGUGAAAACAUGGUUUCAGAAUCAACGGAUGAAAUUUAAACGUUGCCAAAAGGAGAGCCAGUGGGUGGAAAAAGGGGUGUAUCUACCACAGAAUGGGUUUCAUCAGGCUGCGUACCUGGAUAUAACGCCUACAUUUCACCAGGGCUUCCCUGUCAGUGCCAACAUAAACCUUCAAUCCAUGACCAAAGUGCACCAGCCUUACAGCAGUGGCCAGACUUAUGGGAAUGGGCAGAAUCUGUACUCAUUCAUGGUUGUGGAGGAUGAGGGCCUCUUUGGAAAAGGUGGGACAAGCUGUAAUACUCAGCAAGCCAUGGGUUUCUUAAGCCAGCAGAUGAACUUCUAUCACAACUACCCUGCCAAUAUGGAAUACGUCAGCCUGGAGCCAGAAGACACCAACAGCUUCCAGACCACCUCUGACAGUGUGACACCAUUCUCAAGCUCUCCUGUACGGCAUCAGUACCAGGCCCCUUGGCUUCCCCUGGGGACCCAGAGUGGUUAUGAGCCUUAG